AUGUCAGACCUACUACGUGCACUACCCAACAUCAAGAAUCAGCACAACGCACCAAAUCUCAAACCGCCAGCAAUGCCUUUGACAACAGCAGAUGAAGGCAAUUCCUCCUCUUCAGACAGUUCAGCAUCAACAAACGACAGUGUUGAUACUUUGCGUCCUUCUGAAUCUAGCAUUCCAACGCCGACACCAAACCCAUGGUCCCAAUACUUCGAGCAGGAAUUGUUUUUGGACUCAAAGAAAGAAUCUCAACAUGCAAAGUACCACGUAUAUUUGACUCCACCAAGAGAUCCAGCUAAAGGGCCUCUAUUCAUCUGUCAUCAUGGAGCUGGUGCAACUGGAAUGAGUUUCGCGUGUUUUGCUGCUGCGGUCAGGAAAGAAAUGCCUGGAGCAGGUAUCUGCAGUCUCGAGGCCAGAGAACAUGGAUCCGCCGUCUUUGCUCCUUCCAGCAAUGAGGAGAUUCUCGAUUUUAGUAUUGAGACACUGGUUGCUGAUACGCUUGCCAUGAUUGAAGGUGUCAAACAGAGGCAAGGGUGGAAGACUCUACCGCCAUCGGUAUUGAUUGGACACUCUCUAGGCGGCGCAGUUGUUACUCGCAUCGCUGCAAAUGGCACACUGGGAGCCCAAUUAGUUGGGUUUGCAGUGCUGGAUGUAGUCGAAGGUUCUGCGAUUGAGGCUUUGAUGCACAUGAAGACUUAUCUCGCCUCUCGCCCUUCAUCCUUUGCAUCCGUGGACCAAGCAAUCAAUUGGCACAUCCGCAGCCGCACAAUCAGAGACUUGGAGUCUGCGAAAGCCAGUGUACCUAGUCUUUUAGUCCCCAAAGACGAUCGCUGGAUCUGGAGGACAGACCUAGCACGCACACAGCGCUGGUGGGAAGAUUGGUUCACAGGGAUGAGUGGACUUUUCCUCAGAGGCAGAGCUGCAAAGGCUUUAGUCCUCGCAGGCACAGACAGACUGGACAAAGAACUCAUGGUGGGCCAGAUGCAAGGCAAAUUUCAGCUCACGGUCAUUCCAGAAGCCGGCCACUUCAUCCAAGAAGACGUGCCAGAAAAGACUGCACACCUCAUGAUCGAGUUCUUCAAGCGAAACGAUCGAAGCAGUCUAGUCCUGCCACCAAAAGUCUCCGAUCUGCUCGCUCAAGGCAAAAGAGUUUGA